CACAGCCCAAGAUGGUGGGAUUUGCAGAGGUCUUGAAGGCGGUUGGAGAAUUUGGUCGGUUCCAGAAAUGGCUGGUGCUCCUCCUUUGCAUCCCAAAUUUCCUCACUCCUUUCCACAUGUUCGGCCAGCAGUUUGUCAUGGUGAACGUGCCUCAUUAUUGCAACACAAGCUGGAUCGAUCGCCUUUCCCGGAAUCUGACCAAAGAACAGCAGCUGAACCUGACGAUUCCCAGGAAACCGGACGGAUCUCUGGAGGAAUGCUUCAUGUUUGCUCCUGUGAACGAGGAUAUCACAUCCAUCGUGGAGUAUGGACUCAAUACCACAGUAAGGUGCGAGCAAGGCUGGGUGUAUCCGGAAGACCUAAAGCCAACGUUAUUAACUGAGUUUAACUUGGUCUGUGACCGAGAAGAUUUGAAUCAGAUAUCUCAGUCCAUUUACAUGGCAGGCCUUCUCAUCGGAGCGCUUAUCUUAGGUCCCUUGAGCGACAGGAUUGGGAGUCGGUGGUGUAUUUUGCUCACCCUCCUCCUCAUGGGCGCCUUUGGGGUCGGGGCAGGGUUCGUGCCCAAUUUCUACGCCUACAUCGCCCUGAGAUUCGUCGUGGGCGCGGCUUUUGCUGGGAUCAGUAUCAGCAUGGCAGCUUUAACUUCAGAGUGGGUCGGGGCUCCCUAUCGCCCCCUGGCGCAGAUCGUGGAACACUGCAGCAACGCCCUGGGGCAGAUGGCGCUAGGUGGUUUGGCGUACUCCGUUCGCGACUGGAGGCUCUAUCAGAUCGCUGGCUCGGCUCCUGCGUUUGCUCUCUUUUUCUACAUAUGGGUCCUUCCUAGCUCUGCUCGAUGGCUCGUAACGAAAGGGAAGAUCAAGGAAGCCAAGAAGGAGCUUCUAAAGGCGGCUGCCAUCAACAAACGAACCGUCCCGGAAGAACUGCUUGAUCAGCUGGCUCCAGAAGAGAAGGUGAAAUCGGGGAACGUCCUGGAUCUUUUCCGGAAGGCGCACUUACGGCGUAUGACUUUAAUCAUGGCCUGGGUCUGGUUUGCAGAUAGCCUUGUGUACUACGGGGUGAGCCUCCAUGUUGGGGAUUUUGGCUUGGACAUCUACAUGACCCAGGUCAUCUUUGGAGCCGUUGAACUACCAUCUCGUAUCUCCUGUAUCUUUUUGCUCCAGUGGAUUGGAAGGAAGAAAUGUCAGGCUGCAUGGCUGCUGUUGGGGGGAGUCAUGUGUCUGUUGAUACCUGCCAUUCCAAAAGACUACCCUGUCAUUGUGACAACACUGGCUGUUAUUGGCAAGUCUGCAUUGGGAGCUUCCUUUACAACAAGCUACGUCUUCUCUGCAGAAGUAUUCCCCACAGUUGUCAGGCAAACCGGCUUAGGGUUGUGUUCCACGGCUGCUCGGGUAGCAGGCAUCCUCUCCCCGCUGGUUGGACUUUUGGACAAGAUCCACCCCGCCAUCCCCAUGUCCCUGCUGGGAGUCACAGGAGUGCUUGGUGGGGGGCUUUGCUUCUUCCUUCCAGAGAUGCGGAACAAAGAUCUGCAGGACGACACUGUCCAGAGGUCCGACAAACCAAACAACGGGAGCUUUGAGAAACAACCCGUAGAAAAGAAAGAAGAUGUUCAGACGAUUGGGACCAACAAGACCACAUACUUCUAGCGGCCGUAGCAAGUCCUCUCGGAGUCCAAAGGAAGGAUGGGAUGUGUAGUUUUCUAGGAUUCUAAACAGGCCAAUGUUCUUGACUUCAUGUUCUGCCAUGUUCCAGAUCACCCACCUUCAGGCCCGGUGUUCCUGAUCAAUUAUGUACUCCCACAUGUCCGGAUUAUCCAGAAAAGCCCCAUCUUGCUAUAUCUUGACUAUAUCUUGACACGCCCUCUACAUGCACCGUCACCUCUGCCAUCAAACCUCGUUCCUCACCACUGGAUGACGCUGUCUUGGGUGGGUGCCAAAGUCAGACAACAAACUUACUUCUCCCGUCGCGCUAAACGGUUCUCAGAAAACGGAGCAGAGGGAAAAGACAACAACAGAGAUUUCUUGAAGCGAAAAAGUGUUUUUAUUUUGAGCUCAGAAAUCACACAAACCACAAAUGCAUUUGGGGGCCCCCAGAAGAGCAGGAGACCCACAACGAAGAAUGGCCAGCUGUCUUAUACCCUUAGCUGGCAUGAUAUUCAAUCCUAAAAUCGAUGUAAAGCCAAAAACUCACUCUUCUCUUUUCUUAUUUCUUGAGAGUUUUUUUAAAAAAACUAUGCAUUAAGGGAUCUGCACUAUGUGAGCUUCAUACAUGACGUGAAGGUAUUUCUUCUAAUUAGUUCAGUGAGCUGCCUUAUCAGAAAAAGACAUUCCCGAGGAUGUCUCCAUCUUAUUUUCUAAGGGCUAGAAGCAACUAAAACCAGUUUUAGCUGGACUCUAAAGUGGUGGCUCAGAAAUGCUUUAAAAAACCCCAACUGUGUGAAGGUCAAGAUGUACAUACACAACACAAUUUCUGAGCCGGCACCAGCACUGCAAAAUUUAGAAAAGCAUGGAGUCCCAAGGAUAACUGUUCCCAUUUGCAUUUCGUCUAUGGAAAUACAAUAUUUGGCUGCUUUGUUUACCAACGUGGCCCAGAUAAUUUUUUCUUUCCUAUCCCUACCAAAGAGCAAAACUUUGCUUAGUAAAAGGUCUUUUGGGUGUAAGUGAAAGGAGGGUGUUUCUUAAUAUAGGUCUCCACCCCGUAGUUCUCUGAUCGCCAAUUUAUAAUCUGUUUACCCACCUGUCAUUCUUCCAAGGCUCAGAUACUACGAUAGUCUUCUAAACAGCAUUGUUAGAUUGGUUGUAAUGUUCUGACUUUUAAAAAAUGGCUACAGAAUUGUUUCCCACAGUGGCUUCUGCCCUCAUC